GAACACAACACUCCUUUCGAUUAAUCUUUUUGUCUGAAUGGACAAAGCACGCGACAUCUCUGUCUUUUAUCUUCUCUCUCCUCCCUUAAAAACCGAGUUUCAGCAGAGAAUGAGAGAGAAAGAAAAGUAAAGAAAUCUGAAAUCAAUCUCUUUUAGCUAAGCUUUAGCUUCUGAAGCAGGUUCUCGAGCUCAAAAACAAACCCUAGUUAAAAAAACAAAAAUGGCGCCGACACAAAUGCUGCUGCAACUUCUUCCUCUCUUCCUCAUUUUCUUCAACCGGGUCGGAUCAGUACCCACCGACGAGUUACAGACACUGUUAGACAUUAAAAAGAUGCUAGACCCAGAAGGCAAACACCUAGUUUCAUGGAGCAUCAAUGGAGAUCUGUGCAAGGACUUCGAAGGCGUUGGCUGCGAUUGGAAAGGACAAGUUUCCAACAUAUCUCUACAAGGGAAAGGGCUUUCCGGUAAACUCUCUCCGGCCAUUGCAGAGCUUAAACACUUGACGGGUCUGUUCUUGCAUUACAAUGCUCUUGUCGGAGACAUCCCUAGAGAACUCGGUAACUUGUCGGAGCUUACGGAUCUUUACCUCAAUGUUAACAAUCUCUCCGGGGAUAUUCCUUCUCACAUUGGGAAGAUGGAAAGCUUGCAAGUUUUGCAGCUGUGUUACAACAAUUUGACAGGAAGCAUUCCAAGGGAGAUUGGUUCACUGAAGAAGCUCAUUGUUCUUGCUCUUCAGUCUAACAAACUCACCGGUGCUAUACCCGCCAGUUUAGGGGAUUUAAACGCGUUAGAGCGGCUAGAUUUGAGCUACAAUCACCUCUUUGGUUCUGUGCCUGGUAAACUAGCUGUCCCUCCUCUGCUUAGAGUCCUCGAUAUCCGCAACAACUCUCUCUCUGGCAAUGUACCUCCUGUACUGAAGAGAUUGAAUGAAGGUUUUGCUUUUGAGAACAACUUGGGGCUAUGUGGAGCUGAGUUCUCGCCUUUGAAACCUUGCAAUGGCACAGCUCCUGAGGAACCAAAGCCGUAUAGUGCAACCGUGAAGGGGUUUCCAUCGAGGGCUAUACCGGAAUCAGCUGAUCUUCAGUUACCUUGCAAUGGAACUGAAUGUAGUGGUGCUCCUUCUCCAAAUUCUCACCAAGGUUCAAUCUUGAUCGGUUUGGUUGUCUCGACCAUCGCCUUGUCCGCCGUAAGCAUCCUCUUGUUCACACACUACCGCAGACGCAAACAGAAGCUUUCAACUGCUUAUGAGAUGUCUGAAACCGGACUCAACGCCAAAGGAAGGAAGAACAAUGGUUCUCCAUUGGCCAGUUUUGAAUAUUCCAACGGUUGGGAUCCGCUUUCAGACAAUAGGAAUCUCAGCAUCUUUGAUCAGGAGGUUAUCCAGAGCUUUAGAUUCAACCUGGAAGAGGUUGAGACCGCUACUCAGUAUUUCUCGGAAGUGAAUCUGCUCGGAAGAAGCAGCUUCUCGGCGACUUACAAAGGAAUCUUGAGGGAUGGUUCGGCUGUUGCCAUCAAACGGUUUAGUAAAACAAGCUGCAGAUCCGAAGAGCCGGAGUUCUUGAAAGGACUCAACAUGUUGGCGUCUCUCAAACAUGAAAAUUUGGCGAGGCUUAGAGGCUUCUGCUGUUCAAGAGGACGUGGAGAAUGCUUCCUCAUCUAUGAUUAUGCUCCCAAUGGAAAUCUACUGAGCUACCUUGAUCUCAAAGAUGGCGAUACUCAUGUUCUUGAUUGGUCUACAAGAGUAUCCAUCGCCAAAGGCAUCGCUAAGGGAAUUGCUUACCUGCAUUCAUAUAAAGGAAACAAACCGGCGUUGAUUCACCAAAACAUCUCAGCUGAGAAAGUCUUGAUCGACCAGCGAUACAGUCCCUUGCUCGCAAACUCCGGUCUACACACACUUCUCACAAACGACAUCGUCUUCUCUGCAGUCAAAGACAGUGCAGCAAUGGGCUAUCUCGCUCCAGAAUACACCACAACAGGGCGAUUCACCGAGAAGUCCGAUGUCUAUGCUUUUGGGGUUCUUGUGUUUCAGAUACUAUCUGGGAAACAGGAGGUUAGGAGUCUGGUGAAGCUUGGAACUGAAGCGUGUAGGUUUCAUGAUUACAUUGACCCAAAUCUUCAGGGGAAGUUCUUUGAAUACGAAGCCACGAAGCUUGCGAGAAUCGCGUGGCUGUGUACUCAUGAAUCUCCCAUUGAGAGACCCUCCGUGGAAGCUGUUGUUCAUGAGCUUGGGAACUGUAGUAGCUGUCUCUGAGGAACCUAAUGAGUUGUUCGAACUGUUGUGAUGUACCUUUAGGAAUCAAGGAAGGGUUUGGUGUUAGUCGCCUUUUCUUGUGUUUAUUAGAGUUAAGAAAAGAUGCUCUGCUUUUUCCCUUCUUGUUGAUGAUGUUUGAAACUGUUCAGUGUGUUGUUGUUUUAGCCAAUUGUUUUAUUAAAGGAUCCUUUAAAAAUCA